UUUGCUGGAAACGGGACACUUGUGAAUUCAAUUGUGUGCUUGACCAGAUAUUUGUUACCAACAACCACCAGCUACUAUUAUCUUAUCACUCUUUCAUUCGUCUAUACCAUCGAUCAACACCUUCAUCUAUCAACUAUCCAUCCACCAUGGCCGAGCAAUGGGAACAGAUUUUCAAGGGCUUCGGCGAGAAGACUUAUACUAUCUCGCAAUUGAUUCAGAAUGCGAACGAAGGGGAUGAUUUGAGCGAGCCUCUUCAGGAGAUCAAGCAAACCCACGACGCCCUCAUCAAGGACGCCAAGGAACUUCCAUCGGACAUUCCUGACGUGUACGACGAGGGUGCUCAAGCAGACCUCAAGAAUGCUGCUGGCGAUGUCGUCAUUGCAGGCAACAAGCUCAUCGCAUCCGCCAACGACAAGGUCGAAAUCUGGAAAUCGCAGAAAGAGCUCGGAAAGAUUAUCAACAAGGUCAUCUUGACCAACAAUGAUGUCCUCGAUAAGCCCUAUCCGGCUACAAACCCUUAUGCUCCCGAAAUUCAGGGACAGGCGAAGAAAUUGCAGACGGAGGCGAUCAAGGUCAUGAAGUUGAUUCAGAAUGCCGAGACGGAGUAGGGCAGUGUGGGAAUGAAGGAAAAAAAAAACCGGAAGAGGGUCCGUCUGCUGCUAUUGAGCGAUUCUAUAGAAUACGCUGGGAUGGGGUUCGAGAUGGUGAGGAAUUUGUAGAGCAGUAAGCUAGACGAUGAUUACUUUGAGUACUUCCAGGUGGAUGAAGCUAUUGUAUAGCGGUUUUGCUGGACUGCAGGGCUUGCUUGUUCCUCUAUGGGAUACCUGGCGCCGUAGAUGAGAAGUAGAGGGUUACGAUUGUUUGGAUUCGUGGAGCCAAGCACAAUACAUGACAAAGCAAUUUUGCUGAGCUGCAAUUAC